CGGAAAACCUGGGACGCAAACUUAAUGCAGAGCGUGUUAGACGAUGUUAAUGAAAAUCACCUAACGCCAACGCAGGCUGCCAAAAAACAUGGAAUUCCCCGGACAACCCUUACUGACAAAAUAAAGGGUAAAAGUCAAGUGAACGCACGAAACGGAAGGCCACACAUCCUCUCCAAGGAAGAGGAGGAAAGUCUGGUGUUUUACAUCAAAUACCGCGUUGACAGGGGAUUCCCCAUUAGUAAGAAGGCGAUUCUCUCACUGGCCCUGGCAACCCACUUGCGGCGUUGCGAAGAGAUGGGAAUGACACCCAAGGUUAAUCGGAAAAAGGGGCUGUCUCAAAAAUGGUGGAAAGGGUUCAAAUGCCGUAACAACCUGACCAUAAGGAAGCCUUCUCCGCUCGACCGCGGGAGGAAAGAUGCUGUUGACGAGAAAGUGGUGAAAGAGUUCUUCGAGUUGUACAGAACAAGGAUCAGCGACAAUGGCUUGACAGGCCAAGCCCACCGAGUAUAUAACGUAGACGAGACGGGUUUCGAUCUUGAUCCACAAAAGAAGAACGUGGUAACGUUCAAAAAGAUGGGGGCGCCGGCUGCUUCGGUAAGAAAGGGCACGAGAGAU